AUUUUAGCCCAACCAUCGACCGAGUUUGUUGACUGGAAAUUCUAGUGGUACUUAGGGGUAAUUGGACCUGGUUUGACCUUGGGUUUGGGGGAUUACCUGAGAAUUUAGGUGACAACUUAGCGUCUGGAUAUAUCCGACUACGAUAUCUAGGCUGCUCUUCUAUGUAAGAGGUAAAAAGGACAGCCACUGCUUGUUUACAUUUUUAUUAUUGCCGAUAAAAAAAAGUACAAUAGUGUCCUUUUUACGACAGGUGUUAGGCCUAGGAAAGAUAAAUGGCUCGAGUCAUUCGAUUGGUCACGUUUGAUGUCAACAACACGUUAUGUCGAGUUUCGUCUUCUGUCGGACGACAUUAUGUGAAGAUCGGCAACAUGUAUGGAAUCGAAGCCACAGAGGAAGAGAUGAAUAAGGCACACAAACACCACUAUGACAUAUAUUCACAGAAAUAUCCGAAUUUCGGAGUGUCUGUUAAUAUGUCUCCAUAUAAAUGGUGGACGAAUUUAGUCCGAGAUAGUUUUCGUAGCGUGGGAUUCACCAAUGACGAGGAGACUUUAACGCAAAUUGCCAAUCACCUUUAUCUUCAUUUUACCUCUGCUGCAUGCUGGGAAAAACUUCCAGGUGUGGAUACUGGUUUAAUGGCGCUUCGUUCUCAAGACGUUAAAAUGGGGGUUAUAUCAAACUUUGACGAACGCUUGGAAAAAAUUUUAAAAAAUGUUGCAAUUAGCCAUCAGUUUGAUUUCAUCCUCACCUCAACUAAAGCUGGUUUCGAAAAACCUGAUGUUAAAAUUUUCCAAAAAGCUCUGGAGAUCGCUGGAGUGGAAGCACAAGAUGCUGUCCACGUUGGUGAUAAUAUUGAGAAAGACUAUUUCGGGGCGAGAAACGCAGGCUGGAGGUCGUACGUUGUAUCGCAAGAGACAUUAUUACCGAAAGUUAACCCAGAGCAUAUUGUUAAAACCUUAAAUGAUUUUGUGUUAUUGCUGGACAAAUUGUGAUGAUGAAAAUAAGUUUAGAUCCACUAGGGACUAAUCAAACAAUAUGUUUCACCUCAGAGUCUGUAGAUCUCAUAGGUUGAAAUUCAGACCUAUUGACAGUUCAAUGUUGAAGGAGUAUAAACUGAUAUACAGCUGGCUGGGUAAAAUUCUCCCACUUGCAUAUUUAACCACAGAAAUGAAAAUUACUAUUCUUAUAUCAACUGAAGUACUGUUUUGACAAGAUAAACUCCUAGACUGUGAGUGAUGAAUUACAUGUAACUCCGUACUACAAGUACAAUAAAAGGGGUUGCAGAAUACCCUUGUAAAAGAUUGCAUCUGAAUAGGAGAUGUUGACCCUGUAGCACUGAUACCACCCUAACUAGGGCUCCUUAGACGGACCCACACUGCCCUAACUAGGGCUCCUUAGACCAUCCCAUACUGCUCCUUAGACCGCCCCACACUGCCCUAACCAGGACUCCUUAGAUUGUCCCACACUGCCCUACCUAGGGCUCCUUAGACCUGCCCAUACUGCCCUAACUAGGGCUCCUGUGGCACGCGUAUGAACUAGUAAAUGGUCCUAUAUUAAUACAGGGAUGUACCUGUAUUUAAUUUUCUUCAAUGAACUGGAGUAAUCAAUAUUUACAUCCACCAUGUGUUAAAGAGUUAAACUCUGUUUCUUUUUAUUCUGAUCUAAGUUUGGUUUUUGAUACUGAAAAAAAAAUGAGGCAAUGUAUUUUAUAGACAUAUUUUAAUUUUAAAAUGAUUCACAGUGUACUGUAGUAUAUAUAUACCAAGACUUUAUGAAAUUUACAUAAUAUAUUGACAAUGAAUUCGGACUUGGAUAUAUUACUGAGGGGUUGGAUGGCCGAAUGGAUAGCACGUGCACGCUGUAUCAUAAGGCCUGUCAUUGAGUCAACUGGCAUGGUUUUGAAUCCCCGGUGACAAGGAGUAGGGUCGCCUGUUCAACCUUGUGGGUUUUCUCAGGGUCCUCCGGUUUCCUCCCACUGCUAAAGACCCAUACGAAGCGAAUUUUUGAAAUAAAAUUAAAUCAUAUGUUAGUCCCGAAAUGACAUAGUCUGUGUCGAGUGGAUGUUAAACCCCAUUUCUCUCUCUCAACAUCUAACUACAUAGUGCCUGAUUAAGGGGUGGGGUGGGGGGUAGCUGAGAGAGACCCAAACCUAAUUCAUACAGAGUAGCAUACUCCUAGAUUUUAACCCAGUUUAAGGUGAAGAUAAAGUGAUGAAUUGGAUUUUUUCAUUCAAAGCAAUAUAUAUAUUACAUAAUUUAGUGAAUAAAUAAUUUUAAAAAAUUAAUUCUUUUACGUGUUGAUA